UAGAGCAAUAAAAAACAAAACAAACCAAGCAAUCUGCUAAAAUGGAAGAAAUAUGCCGAGUUUGCUUGAACAGGGCCGAAAUCAUGGUAAAUAUUUAUCAGGGGACGCAGGAGUUUGGCAUAUCGAUUGCGGGUAUGAUUACGGAGUCCACCGGCUUUCCCGUGGAAAAAAAGGACUCAAUGCCCAAACUCAUUUGCCUGCCUUGCCGGGAGGAUGCACAAAAUGCAUUCGAUAUCAAGAGAACUUACGAGAGGAGCCAUAACUUCUUCUGUCAACUGGAGGAGGAGCGCACGGCGAAGGCUCUUUACAGCCAGGCUAAGGAGCCGGAUCAGGAUCAAGAACAGGGUGGUGAUUUGGAGCUCCCCUUCAAGUGCCCACAUUGCCCAAAGAGAUGCAGACUGAAAAGCAACCUAACGAAGCACAUAAGACUCCAUUCGGACGAAAGACCCUACAAGUGCGACCAGUGCCAGAAGUCCUUCAAGGAUAGCAGUGUCCUGCAGAGGCACAACCGCAUCCAUUCGGGCGAGCGUCCCUUCAAGUGCACCGAAUGCCCCAAAUCCUUCUCUUACUCCGGAUCCCUGAGGGAUCACCUGCUGGUCCACUCCGGCGAACGUCCCCACAAGUGUCCGCACUGCUCGACGUCCUUCAGAUGGCUGAAGCUCCUCACCAUCCACCUGCGCAGUCACUCCGGUGAACGCCCCUUCAAAUGCUCCCAAUGCUCCAAGGCCUUUGCAGCCCGAUCCACGCUUCAAACCCACUUGCGAACCCACACGGGAAAGCAGCCCUUUGAGUGUCCUCUGUGCCAGAGGUCCUUCAGCAUCAAGCAGAGCCUGCGGUCGCACAUGAAAACGCAUGAAGAUUAAACUAUAGGGUCGGAAUGUUUGCCUGUUUUGAGCACCAUAAAAACCAUACAUUCCAUUGUUAAACCAUGUUUCCUUUUUUAUUUACUAUCUUGUUUAUAUGAAAUGAAAGCAACCUUAAAUUGUUAAAUAUAUAAGUACCUGUUGAUUGUACAAAAUGAAA